AUGACCACCCGCAACCAUGGGUUGAUGCGCGUAUUCUGGCCUUCUGACGCGCCACGAGACAACAUACCCUCUGUUCUGAUAGGAUGGAGGAAUUCAACACUGGACGUUCUCAUAGUGGGCGUCCUCCAAGGGGUCGAUGUAAGAGCUGCAGCAAUGUACAAGCGGAGAGGCGUUGCCUAACAAAUCCCAGGUUCGCAGCGUUGAGUAUGCUUUGCGCAUGCGUACACUUUUCCGAGGCAAUCCACAUUCUCUCGACAAGCUGCUUUCGCACUGCGGUGACAAGCAAUUGCAGGUGUUGGGCACGCUGAAUGCAGAGGCGACGACGGACACAUUCGAUCCCAAGCUGCUCUCACUGAAGACGACACCUCGCAGCACUAUUCCACAGAUCGACUGCCCUCACGAUGCCCCAUAUACCUUCCAGAUCAUUACAUUUGACAGGCCCGAUCCGAAACGAAUGCAGUACCUCUCCCUCACGCCCAUCUCGCUCGCUCUGGGCGACAAGCGCGGAGCGUUUGGAAGUGUACCUCCGUUCGAUAGAAUAGACAAAGAGGAGGAGCGCGAGCAUGUUCGCAAGGAGAAGCUAGUGGAGAAGCUGAAGCAGCACACAGUCGUUCAACAUCCGCGGACGCAGAAGGAGCUAGCACUGGGAGACAUCAUUACACAGAUCAAUUGCUCGGUGGAGCUCAAUACUCUGAUGCAGCAGAACAUCAACAUGGUCGGGGUGCGCAUCAAGCGGACGAUGAGCGUAAGCGAAAGAGUCGUGGAAUCUGCGACGAACUUGUGGGAUUUCGUCUUGAUCUGGUCAAAGCAGACGUUGAAGUACCACGUCUGGCCUUUUGCUUCGCAGAUGCUCAUCUUGUAUCUGAUGGCGCUUCGCAUCUGCGCCGAGGCGCUCCUGCUCCUGCUGGAUUGGAGACCGUUUGGAAACGCCGCGCUCAAGGAUGUUUCAGCCACUGCACAGCAACUCGACAUACGCUUGCAACAGUUCUGUUACUGGCCGGAUCAGUACAUCACCCUUCAUCGAAGACGGACGGACUGGGAGAGCAUCACAAACAGCCAUCCAGAUUACAUCCGGUUCUUCAACAGCCUUUGGCUGGUAGCGAACGACAUCAUUAUCGGCAUCGCCAUCGGCUCGUAUAUUGUCGAGAACGUGGACUCUGUUGCUGCGCAGAUGGAUGAAAUCAUGAACACGUACUCUAUCGAGGGUUUGCAACGGAUGCUCACCUGGCUCAUGGACUAUCCUGCCGGUCUUAAGCUGAAUAACGAACUGGCGACAUUCCUUGGUGACCUCUUCCUGUGGGUCAUCGAUUACUGGAACGGCUGCAUGUCACAGCUGCGGCCAUACCUGCCAUAUGUGAUCCGUUUGAUUGGAUUCACGAGCUUUGCGGGAGCCAGUCUACCGAUUUCCAUGUUCUCGGACCUCCUCUCGCUGCUGACGAUCCACAUCUACUCGUUCUACAUCGCGUCCGCGCGUAUCUACAACUGGCAGCUCACGAUCAUCAUCUCGCUCUUCCACCUGUUUCGAGGCAAGAAGCGCAAUGUGCUUCGGAAUCGGAUCGACAGUUGCGACUACGACUUGGAUCAGUUGCUCCUCGGCACCAUCUUAUUUACGUUACUGUUCUUCCUUCUUCCGACUGUCGCAGUCUUCUAUGCCACUUUUGCGGGUGCUAGAAUGGCCAUCAUUGCAUUAAAGGCUGCCCUGGACACCUGGCUGGCUUGUCUGAACCAUUUCCCACUCUUUGCAUUGAUGCUGCGCAUUAAGGAUUCACGGCGUUUACCUGGAGGCAUUCGAUUCGAGCUGCAAGAUACCCCUCGCGCAUUGAUUUCUGCAUCCCGAGACCGGGGUCGUUCUCCGACGGCGUCUACAUCGUACAUCAAACUCAAGGUAUGCUCUACACUGGCUGGUGACUCGGCUCACUCGCUUACAAGCUUUCACAGUCCAUUCCGCUUCCGCUGUCGCAAAACUUUGAACAGUAUGCUCAACUUGGGCACCGCUUGAGGAAGCAUUAUCUGUCGCCUCGGGUGUUCCUCUGCUUGGUCUCCGGGCAAUUUGUCCCUCCUAUCCAUCGAAAGAAUCUGUACAGCCUGCAAUACAGCAUGCUGCCGGUACAGCGGGUGUCGAUUGGGCGGCUGUGGACGUUGUUGAACGAGGAGCGCAAAGGACAGAAGGCACAGUCCCACCACACGUUUGGUCAGACGAACGGACAUAUCGGAGGCAGUCCGAAGAAGGGCGUGAAGACGAAAGAUCGGGGCCCCAAUGGUUAUUGGUGGAGUAGAUAG